AAAGGUGUUUCCGUGGGAACACAAUAUUACCAACGCACUAAAACAGGUUUGCGUGCUACCUUCCCAGCACAGUGAUCCCUCCUAAAGGAUUUCAGCGGUGUGAGUGAUGUGUAGUAACGUGACGCCGUCUCGAACUCCUGGCCAAGAAGCGCAAUAGUCUACUCGAGUAUAAGGAGAACGUGUUUCCAGACAGACAACACUAGCAUCAAAAAUUGCGUGCGCAGUUUGACCGUCCAGGAACACCUCAGUAAGCAGUAAGUUUUGCCAGCGAGCGAGGUGCAGCGCGCGGCACCAUGUUUGGCUUCCUGAAGAGCGUGGGCCAGGACAUUCUGGAGGAUGUCGUGGAGAACGCCAGGGACGAUAGAAGCAGGCAAGGCUCCAGCAGGGAUUAUCAUGGUUCUGGGGGCCGCCAGCAGCCCAGCCAUGGCUACAAGGAUGUCACUGACCAGAUCACUGACGAGCUGGGCACUCUCAGACCCAACAACCCCCAGCAACCUAGUGGAAACUAUGGAGGUGGCGGCCAAUACCAGGGUGGAGGACAAUACCAGGGUGGGGGACAAUACCAAGGUGGAGGCCAGUACCAAGGUGACCAGUACCAGGGAGGUGGACAGUACCAGGGAGGAGGAGGAGGAGGAGGAGGAGGAGGAGGGGAUAUGCUCUCAGGACUCAUUGGUGGUUUUCUUGGUGGUGGUGGGCAGGGUCAGCCUCAGGGAGGUGGCCAGCCAGGUCCUUAUGGGCCACCUCCUGGCCAGUAUGGAGGUGGCCCUGGCCCUUAUGGCCCUCCUCCUGGCCAGUAUGGAGGGGGCUAUGGUCCACCUCCUAACCAGUAUGGAGGUGGUUAUGGCCCACCACCAGGGCAGUAUGGAGGGGGUUAUGGGCCACCCCAGGGCCAGUACGGACCAGGUGGGCAGGGAGGGUAUGGCCCUCCACCUGACCAGUCUCAGGGUGGAGGACUGGCAUCACAUAUCAUUGGAGGGAUUCUAGGGGGUGGUGGUGGUGGUGGUGGUCAGGACCAAGGCCAGCGCAGGAAUGAUGGCAUGAAUGACUUGAUAUCGGGUAUGGCUGCCAACUAUAUUGGUGGAAUGAUCAGUGGGAAUCAGCCGACCCCAUCAAAGAACCAGCAAGUCAACUCAAACGAUGACCUGCUCUCAAGCCUCAUGUGUGGCCUAGCUAAGGGCUUUGUCAGUGGAAAUCAGGGAGGAACAGCAGCCAACAUGGGGUCUCAGGGCCAGGGUCAGGUGUCUAGCAUUGCUUCUAACAUCAUGCAAGGCUUGUUCAGCGGUGAAGGUCAAGGCCAGCAGGGUGGGGGCAUCACCUCAUCCCUGCAAAAGAUGGGGAUGAACCAGGGCAUGUUGGCUUCCAUAGCCUCAGGCAUCUUCUCAACUUUUAUGAGCAAUAAGGCAGCCAAUGAGAAUGUGCCCAAUGCUCCGCCUCCAGCCUCCAACAAUAUCAUAGGCAACGUGGUCACCAAUGUUAUAAAGGGUCUGCUCAGUGGUGGCAACAAGUCCAAUAUGAAUCAGCUGCAAACAACAGGGGUAAAUGAGCAAAUGGUUGGCUCCAUCGCCUCAAAUGUUGCCAAGGGACUCUUCAGCACUGAGGAGAGUGCUGCUGGCUACCGCAAUGCAUCCCAGUCAGCCACUGAGCAGCUGGUGUCUGGAGUGACUGGCAGUGUAGUCAAGGGCUUGAUGAGCAAUGUGGAUACAUCGGGUGACGGUAAAGCAGAGGUGCCAGACUCUGUCAUCUCCAAUGCAGCGUCCUCUGCAAUCCGUGAAUACAUGAGUGGUAACAGGGGCGGCCAGUCUGAUGGCAGUGGUGGUGGUGGCAUGUCCAGCAUGGCAGCUGCCGUCAUUGGUGAUCUCUUCAGUGGAGACAAGGGGCAAAAUACGGCAGAAAGGACUGGGCUGGACUCCAGCAUGGUGUCUGGCAUGGUGUCCAACAUUGUGCGUGGCCUCAGGGGUCGCCCCCAGGCACCAGGAGUACAGCAACAAGGUGUCAGCGAUGAUUUAGUUGCAGCAGUGACAUCAUCUGUUAUCAAGGAGAUUGUCAGUCAGGACACUGAGGGGAAAAUCCUUCCGUCAAGAGAUGCAAAUGCCAACAAUCCCAUCGUGACCAAUAUUGCAUCUCAGAUUGUCCAGAAAAUCAUGAGUGAGGAGACAGAGGAUGACCGGGUGAAGGCAGUGCAGCGUGGGGAAGUGGACAGCAGCUUCCUGAGUGGUGUCAUCUCUGAUGUGAUUGGAGGAAUGAUUGGCGGGGGAGGAGCCAGUGGUGGUGGAGGAGGAGGAGGAGGAAUACGUGACCAGAUGAUAGCAGGCAUGGCUUCCCAGUACAUAGGCAACCUCAUCAGUGGUGGUAGUGGUGGAGGCCAGAAGCCACAGCAGUCCCAGGAUGAUGUCUUGUCUGGCAUUGCAUCCAGUGUGAUUGGUGGGCUUGUUGGUGGUGGCGAUGGUGGUGGUCGGCAGCCCAGGCAUGCAGGAGGAGCCAUCGCCUCAAACAUUAUUGGAAAGAUUGUCAGUGAUGGUGGUGGUGGAGCCUCAGAUGAUCUCAUUAACCAAAUUAAAAUCCAUGGGCCAGGACCAGUGCCCCCUGGACCUGCAGUGCCAGGGGGGCCCUCAGGUAUUCCUGGAGGAAUGCCUGGGGGUCAGCCUGGAGUGCCAGGGGGCCAGGGAGGCCCAGAAGCAUCUCUUUACCGAAAAAUUGCUGCCUCAGCUGUAGAAGCUGUAAUAGGCAACAAGCUUGGCGAGGGAGUUGUGGGAGAUGUGGUGAAGGCGACCUCCACUGAUGUUCUGGCUGAGGUUAUGGAGGGGGCAGUGGGAGCACAGUUCACCACAAAGGACGAUGGUGAAGUGGUGGAGAACCUGACCCAGACCCAGCUGGACCCGUCAAAGCACCGCAUCUUCCCUGGAGGCGGUGUUUCUUUGGGGUCAUUUUGGAGCCAUUCUGGAUCAAAGCACCGCUCCCUCAUCUCCUCCAUCAUGAGCAAAGGCGCAUACCACCUCCGCAACCGGCUGUUCCGCGGGGGUGCCCACAAGGCGGCGCGCAUCAGCCCUGCCCACGCUGUCUUCAGGUUUGGGGAGCGUGGGUCUGGCCUGCGUCCCCGUGGCCAAGUGCAGGACUUCUAUGAGCUCCGGCAGCAAUGUAUGGACAGUGGCACUCUCUUUGAGGACCCAGACUUCCCAGCUGAAGACUCCUCCAUCUUCUUCUCCCGCUCCCCACCCAAGCCUUUUGAGUGGAAGAGGCCUCAUGAGAUCAUGGCUUUAAAGGAAAUUACAGAUGAACCACAACUGUUCAUUGAUGGAGCAACACGCUUUGAUGUCAAACAAGGAGAACUUGGUGAUUGCUGGCUGUUGGCUGCCGUGGCAAACCUCACCCUCAACCGUCGCCUCUUCUACCAAAUUGUACCAAGUGAUCAAAGCUUUGGGGACAACUAUGCUGGCAUCUUCCACUUCAGGUUUUGGCAGUAUGGUCGCUGGGUGGAUGUUGUGGUGGAUGACCGGCUGCCCACUUUCUAUGGCCGGCUGGUCUUCAUGCACUCAGAGGAGAAGAACGAAUUUUGGUCUGCCUUGGUGGAGAAGGCCUAUGCAAAGCUGCAUGGCUCAUAUGAGGCUCUGAAGGGAGGCACCACCUGCGAGGCAAUGGAGGACUUCACUGGUGGUGUGUCUGAGAUCUACGACCUGACAAAGGCUCCACCAAACCUCUUCAACAUCAUGCUGAAGGCCUAUCAGAGGGGCUCCCUUAUGGGUUGCUCUAUUGAUCCUGACCCCAAUGUGGUGGAGGCACGCUGUGACAAUGGUCUGGUGCGUGGUCAUGCUUACUCCAUCACUCGCAUCAAGUAUUGUGACAUCCAGACUCCAAGGGUGUCAGGCAAGAUCCCUCUGGUGCGCAUCCGUAACCCUUGGGGCAAUGAAGCAGAGUGGGUUGGCCCCUGGAGUGACAAGAGUCAAGAAUGGCAGUUCAUUCCUCCUGAGGAGAAAGAAGAGAUGGGUCUCACCUUUGAGCAUGAUGGGGAGUUUUGGAUGUCUUUCAAGGACUUCUUGACCAACUUCACCAUGCUGGAGAUGACCAACCUCAACCCAGACUCCCUGGAGGACGAGGACAUCAUCGGCUCUGUGCAGCACAAGUGGGAGAUGAGUGUGUUUGAGGGAGCCUGGAUCAGGGGCUCCUCAUCUGGCGGAUGUAGGAAUUUCCUUGAUACAUUCUGGCACAAUCCUCAGUACAGAAUCACUUUGACUGAGGUUGAUGAUGAUGAUGAUGACAACAAGUGUACAGUGAUUGUGGCACUGAUGCAGAAGAAUCGCCGUUCACAGAGGAAGCUUGGCUUAGAGUGCCUUACUAUUGGCUUUGCAAUUUAUCAUUUGCGAGACCCAGAUGGUGUUCCUCGGCCUUUAGAUCUGAGCUUCUUCAAGUAUUCUGCCUCAGUGGCUCGUUCCCCAUCCUUCAUCAACAUGAGGGAGGUGUCUUGUCGCUUCAAGCUGCCCCCUGGCACUUACUGCAUUGUGCCAUCCACCUUUGAGCCUAAUGAAGAAGGAGAGUUCAUUUUGAGAGUCUUCUCUGAAAAAGCCAAUGAAAUGGAGGAAAAUGAUGAAGAAGUGGGCUUUGGCCAAGUGGAUGAGAGGGAUGAGGAUGGUGGAGGAAAAUUCCGAAGCUCACAAGUGCGGAGAGUUCAGCCCGAAGACAACACCCAGGAGGUGGAGGCCGACGAGCGGAUCAAUGCCUUCUUCAGGAAAGUUGCUGGUGAUGACUUGGAAAUCGACUGGAAGGAGCUGCAGGAUGUUCUUAACUUUGCCCUCAAGAGAGAAUUCAACUUUGAAGGCUUCACCAAGGAUGUGUGUCGCAGCAUGAUUGCCAUGAUGGAUGUGGACCGCUCAGGGAAACUGGGACUCCAAGAGUUCCUGCAGCUGUGGAUGGACAUCAGAGUGUGGAAGAAUGCCUUCAAGCUGUAUGAUAAGGACAACUCUGGACAGCUGUGUUCAUUUGAGCUGCGCCAGGCUCUCAAUUCUGCUGGCUAUCGCCUCAAUCAUCACAUUUCUGAUGCCCUCAUGCUGCGCUAUGGAGACAGGGAUGGCAAGGUGUCAUUUGAUGACUUCAUCAUGUGUUCUGUGAAGCUAAAAACUAUGAUGGGCCUACAGGAUGAUCCUGACAAGAUGCAGGAAUUCUAUGAUGAACUAAUGAGUGAGCAGCAGGAGAACCGUGAAGAGGAAGAAGAGCAGGAGGAUGAGGAAUAAAAAAUCUUCCAUGAGAAGGACCCGGACAAGACCGCCAAGGCAAACUUUACCCUGGAGGAGUGGGUGGAAAACACUAUGUACUCUUAGGAACAUCACUUUUAAUUUAUUUUGUAACUGAACUUACUGAUCUUUUGAUGGAACUGUUUGUGUUUAAAGUUCAAAAUUGUAAUUUAGAAUAUCAAUAUUUUUUUAUAAAUGCAUUUUGCAUAUGUAUUGAAAAAUUAUUUAUUGAUACUAAUCUUAAGGGUUCCUUCUGAGUUGGUGGUGUUUGAAGUACUACUUUGUUCAUAUAUAUUUCUACCCAAUAUCUGGAAUGCAGAUUAAUUACCAUAGUAUAUGUCUGAAAUCAAGAAUAUAUUGUUUUAUUAUAGCAGUUCCAUAAUACAUCAUUUAUAUGCAUUUAUAUGCACACAAAAUCUAUAUAUGAUAUUAUAAAGAGCUUCAUUUGUCAUAAAGGAAGCACAGGCUCUCCAAAAAUGUACAGUUAAGUGUACCACGUCAGAAUGCACUGGAGUGAGCCAUUCAUUAUUAUGACAAAAAAUGGUGACCUGAGAUGAUGUCCCUGAGUCCCUCCAUUCCAGUUUGGGUCAUGGUAUGAUUAGCAGUAGCCUUUCAUUACUAUCAAAACCUGUCAUGGUGCUAUGGUGUACUUUAGAUGGAAAAUUGUUCAUAAUUCAUAUUCUCUGUUUGCCUGGAAGUGUUAAAGAUACACAAGGGCCUUAAAAGUUAGUAGACUGCGUACUGGUAAGAUCAGUGGUAAUGAGUUCUCUCAUCUACUGUUACAAAUUGUCUUUGUACAAGCGGCAGUAUUCAAGUCUACGUGAAGAAAUAUCAUUAUGGUGUGUAUCAUUUAACUAUUACUUUAUUUUCAUCAUAGUGCCACAUAUAGCCUUGUAUUAUCAAUGACAUGGCUUUUGUUUGGUCCACAUAUUGUAAGAUAAAGUUAAUUUCAACUUAAUCUUUGCAGUUUAAUGCUUAUGUCUUUAAAUAUUUAUAUAAGACUUCUCCAACUGCCAACCUGUACCGGCCCCAAGGAAACAAGUGUUUUCUGAGACAUCCUCUAUAAAAUAAUAAAAUUUCACUCUUGCCAUUAGUAUUCAAGGCAGAUUUUGUGGUAUCCCCUUUGAAAAUGCACUCAGCUGCUGCCUCGUUCAAUACUGACUGCUUUGGGAGCCAGUUGAUCCUUGUGUUCAGAAUACCAAGUAACCAGAAUAGAUAUGCUUAUGGGUUCAGUAUCACAGAAAUUAAAGAGUAGUCUCCAUUAUUGACAAUUCAGGGAUCUUUAUCCUAGAUUAAGGACUACAUUCUUGUUUGUAGGACUGAGUUGUCUGUGCUGGGGAUGUAGAAUGCAUCACUGGGAGGAUGGUAAUUUGCUUUAAUAUUCUCACUAAUUUAAGGUGAAAUGGUAUCUUUCUACUGGAUACAUACUUUGUUAAUGACAAUGUGUCAGUCUUGCCACCAUGAUUACCUUUGCAGUUCAUAGUUUUAUAUAUGUUAGUAACUGUAUUUUUAUGAAAUGCUUAUUACAAUAUCAUGUUUGUGCUUUUUUUAGAAAACAAUUAGGCAAAAUAUAUUAUUUAUGAUAGAGAUAUACAUCUAAAUGUAGUUAUGGUAUUAAUGAAAAUAAAUGAGUUUUACAUUACUAUGACUACUAAAACUA